GUAGAAUUACUCCAACUGGAAAUAUAUCCCUAUGAUUCAUCGCACACUGUCACACUGUGCGCUACAAAUAUACACAUUCAGAUUGAAUUCUUCUUUUUCAUAAUUCAAGAUGUCGAAAAGAGGACGUGGUGGGUCGGCGGGAGCCAAAUUCAGGAUAUCCCUGGGUCUACCAGUUGGUGCGGUUAUCAAUUGUGCUGAUAAUACGGGUGCCAAGAACUUGUAUGUUAUCGCAGUACAAGGUAUCAAGGGCCGAUUGAACCGUCUGCCAGCAGCAGGAUCUGGUGAUAUGAUCGUAGCCACUGUAAAGAAGGGAAAACCUGAACUUAGGAAAAAGGUGAUGCCUGCAGUGGUUAUACGGCAACGGAAACCAUUUCGCAGGAAGGACGGGACGUUUAUAUAUUUCGAAGACAACGCCGGGGUGAUAGUUAAUAACAAGGGUGAAAUGAAAGGAUCAGCUAUUACGGGACCUGUUGCGAAAGAGUGUGCAGAUUUAUGGCCAAGGAUUGCAUCCAAUGCUAGCAGCAUCGCAUAAUCUAUUUGUCAUAAAAUUCUGUGUACCCAUUACAAAAAAAUAAAUCUGAUACCCAUA